AUGAAAUCAGGAACUCAGAACUGGGAUCAUCGAUACCUUCAGUACUUGCAGGAGCGCAAGACCUACGACAGGGUUUUGGCAGAAUCCAAGAAACGCUAUGAGCUCACACUGACAAAGAAGAGUAUGGCUUGCACGAAAGCAUAUUACGGUUAUGUACAAUCAAAGGCGGCCACUAAGGAAGCUAUCCGAUGCAUCCGCGACGCUGGUGGCAACCCAACGCUCACUAGCCUGGAAAAGGAUUCCGCUCUACAACAUCAUUUCGAAGCAUCGUACACUGUGGACCCGGGCAACAUCCUGCCGGCACACAGUAUCACGACUUAG